CGCCUCGGAAGUCUUCUACAGUCGUAUGCCCAUCUCUCUUCUCGCGCUCGAUCCACCUGAUGGGACUGUGUACGCAGCGGACCGCUCGUACCUUGCGGACAUUGCCCAUUACUCAAUCUCUAGCACCGAAGAAGCAGUUUGCUCGGUGGAGCCAGGUACAACAGAGGAUGUGGGGACGAUCCUCACAAUAGUGGGCUCCACGUCGACUCCAUUCGGGGUGAAAAGCGGCGGCCACGCAAACAACCCCAACUUCUCGUCCAGCACCGGCAUCCAGAUUGCUAUGACCCGCCUCAGCGCCAUCGACUACGACUCGAGCAGCGAGACAGUCGCAGUCGGCGCAGGCAACAUCUGGGACGAUGUCUACGCGGCUUUGGAGCCAUACGGCGUCAACGUCGUCGGAGGCAGGGUCAGCGGGAUCGGCGUGGCUGGGUUCACGCUAGGAGGUGGCUAUUCUUGGUUGACGAAUCAGUAUGGUCUGGCGCUGGACUCGGUCCGUGCGUUCGAACUGGUCCUCCCGAAUGGUACUGUUACCAACGUGACGCAAUCGACGUAUCCGGACCUCUUCUGGGGCCUGAAGGGCGGCUACAACAACUACGGGAUUGUGACGACGUUCACGCUGCAGACAUACCCACAAGGACUCGUCUGGGGCGGACAACUGAUCAUCCUCGGCGAAUACAUCGACCAAGUCAACUCCGCCACCGCCAACUUCGCAGCCAACGUCACCGAUCCUAAGGCACAGAUCAUCGCGACGUACGACUACGAGGAGGGCGCCCUGUUGGCCGCUGUGAUACUGUUCUACGACGCGCCUUCGCAACCUGCGGACAUAUUCGACGAGUUCCUCGCCAUAACGGCGCUCUCGACGAACAUCUCCACGCAGAGUUUCCUUUCGCUUGUGCAAGUCGAGCCGACGACGACGUCCGCGAACAUGAGGGGGUUCUCAAACACUGUACCCUUCAUGGAGAUCACCCUACCCCUGCUCGAGGCCAUCGUAGCCCAACUCGAGUACUGGGGCACCGCGCUAGCAAACAGCUCCACGACCCUCGUGAGCUACGACGUCGAGCCCUUCCUGCCCACGAUCCUCACGCACGGGGGCGCCUCCGCCUACCCGUGGACGCGCGCGCAGCGCUUCCUCCCGUUCAACAUGGACUUCUUCUGGACGGACGCGACGUACGACGACGCGUUCUACGCCGCGAUCGUCGCGUCCUCACAGAACCUCACCGACACCGCCGUCGCGGAUGGCCAGACGCUCGUCAUGGGGGCGCCGCUCUAUCCAAACUAUGUGCUGUUUGGGACGGGCGUGGCGAGCAUAUAUGGGGAGUCCCUCGCGGAGAUGACGGUGUUGAAGGAGCGGUACGACCCGGAGAACGUCAUGGGGCUCACGGGAGGAUGGAAGAUCCUGGUAUGAGGCUGGAACCUUGCUGAAGCAGGUCUACGACACAGUCAUCAGAAUGUCGACACGGAUGCUACGUGGCAAGACUUAUGGCCGGUAUACAUGUAGGAGUGCGGUAUGCAUUUCUAGGGAAGUAGACCUGUUAAUUGUGUAUGCAUCCCGAGACCUAUCUACAGUAGUGUCUGCAUCGAUUUCAGCGAGCAAUCGCAAAUCCGGGACACGUAUCCCUAAAGUCACGUCCGCCGGCCCUCCACCACCGCAAGCUGUCCCCUCACAGGCACGAUCGUCUCCGUUCCAGGCCCCGGGAACCCACGCACAUCCGUCUCCCUCCUGAACACCACACAAUGCGUCGAGCCCCCAAAGUGGAACAUCCCCAGCUGGCCGCCCUUCUGCACGCGCUGCCCCUCCUGCACCGUGAUCUCGCACGAGG